CGCAGCUUCAAAGAAUGAUGGUUCAGUGUCCUCACUCAUCUAUACAUUGUGGUGUGAUCUAUUUAGGGCUGACCCUGCCUCACAUUCAGUUUGGCUUUUGACCCCCGAGCUGUCAGUGCUGCAGAGGGGGCUAUGCAGUGUGCAUGUUAGGAGCCGGGAUCCAGGCACGGGCUGACUGCCUCUGCUACAAUGGGCAACACCAGUAUCACCGAGGGCAAGACUGCCCUGGCUGUGGGCAGCACGUCCAUCUCCAGGGGAAAGACGGCUGUGUCUCUGGGUAACUCCUCCAUCUUCAGGGGAGUGACCACAACCUCCAUGGGAGAUUCCACCAUCCAGAGGCAAAAGACCACUGUGGCUCUGGGACGGGCUAGCUUCAGCCGGGGAACUACCACCACCUCGUUCCGCAAAGCUCUGACAGGGAGACGCAGGAACACCUAAAUGGACAGCAGCCCCGGGACACCUAAAGCUUCCAAGCAGUCCAAAAAAGACUCAAAGACUAGCAAUGAGUGGCAAACCACAUUCUCGACAAGUAAAACCUCCUUCACCAAAGGCAGGUUUUUGAUUUUGAGGACAAAAUACGUCUUCUCCUGGGGCCAAUACUCAAUCUUCUGGAGCCGCACCACCGUAACUUUGGGCAUCUGUAGUUUGUCGGUGACCAGUGCCUCCAUCACGCGAGGAGAGAACACCACCUCCCUCACCACCCUGACCCUCUCCUACGGGACCAAGUCUGUUUCUGUGUACAAAACUACUUUCAUCAGGGGCACCGAAAAACACAGCAACAUCUACUGGAACGUUCACACUUGAAUUUAGCACAGGGUCAAAAGCCAAGGACCUCUUAAUCUGUUCAAUAUAG